AUCACAUCACUUCAUUCUGGCGUUGCAUGUGGAGUUUGUGUCUCACUCAGUCCUCCCUUAGUACUUCAGUGGCUUUGUUCUGUGCUGUGACGUUUUGUGCUGUGCUGUGGGUUAAUUUAGGGAUUAGUGGAUAUUGAAUUGAGAACAUUUGUUCGUUUUUGUUUCUUUUAGUGCAUUAGUCAAAUUGAAGAAUUUGGCUUAGUAAUAAAAAGUGGCAGAAUUAAAGAUACAAUCACUAAAUUAUUUUGUCAGAAGUCGAAAACUUUAUGAAAUGAAAGAUAUUGGAGAUUGAGUUGACAUUAACCUGACUUCGAUAAUAUGGAAAGUUCUUUGAUUUUUAACUAACAUUGCAUUGAAAUCACAGAUCCGUUAUAAGCUACUUAGUAGUUUUUAUUUUGCGUUAAUGCUUUCCGUGUAAAACAAAAUAUUUCAUUUAAAUAAAGGAUUUAUUUACACUGGUUCAUAAAUAAGUUAUAAUGGCUGAAAGUGAUUUACAGAAUAAUUUACAAAAUUAUAAGCUGCAGCUUCAACAGGUAGAGGCUGCUUUAACUACAGAGCCUGAAAACGAAGAAUUACAAAAACUCAAAACUGAUCUUGAGGAAGUAAUCCAACUGACAUGUGAACUGAUCAAAACACAGUUGUUAGAAGAACAGAAACUAAAGGAAACGUCCGAAGGUGAUUUUGAAGAUGCGAUAUCAGAAGCCACACUGUCAGGCAAGAAACAUGAAUGGAAGUCUGGAGAUCGCUGUUUGGCUUUGUGGAGUCAAGAUGGACAAUAUUAUGAAGCCAACAUCGAAAGUAUUGAUGGUGAUGAAGUUUCUGUGAUAUUCGACUCAUACAGAAGUGCUCAAGUUACAACUCUGGAAUUUAUCAAAGAACUACCUCAUGGUCAAGAAAGCAAUUCCAAACUGAAGAAACAACCUCUUUCAAAAAUACGAGAAUAUCAGAAGAAGAAGAAGCAGAAGAAACUGCAGAGGUACAAACAAUUGGAAGAAGAAAGAGAAGUGGAAAAGAAUAAAUGGCUGGCAUUUAGCAACAAGUCAUCAAAAAAAGGGAUAAUAAGGAAGAGUAUAUUUGCAUCACCGGACAACGUGAAUGGACGAGUUGGAAUUGGAACCUGUGGUGUCAGUGGGAAGGGCAUGACAGAAUUUACAUCUGCAGAGAAGUGGAGGAAAGGAGUUUAAUUAUUUGUAUCUAAACUUUUUGUAAAAACUAGAUGUUAAGUGUACAAAGUGUGAUAAUAAAUUUGAUGUUUUUAAAAAUCGUA